CUCCCGCCAUGACGUCCGUCCGCGGUCCCCUACCAUCGGCCCUGGCCACGGCCGCCUACCGCGCCGCGCUGGCGUUGGAUGCCAAGACUUCCGACGGAGCGGAGGAGUUGCUGAGUGAGGUCUCACAGCACCUGGAGCGCAUCACCGUGGCGGUGCUCAGCCAGGAGCUGCUGACGAAGAGCGCUUUGGAGAUGGCGCUGCUGCCCAUCCUCCAGGGGACCUGGGAGGAGGCCCGGGCGCGGCACUUCUGCGACGUUUGCUGGGCCGCCGCCGCCAAGGCCGCGCUGCGCAGUCCGGCGCCGGCGGCGCCGCCCACGGAGGCGGCGCAGAAGGCCAUGGCGGCGAUGGCGGAGCACCACGCUAACGAGUUGAUCAAGGAGGAGCUCAGCUCCUCCGCCCCGAAGCGGAAAGCUAAGGGACGGCCUGGACCAAAAGCAAAGCCGCCCACGCCGCCCCCGCCAGAGGCGGAGGCAGAGUCGGACAGCAGCAGCGAGCUGAAAGUCCGAGAUCAGAGUAAUUCGUUCAGCGUCUUCCAAGACGUCAAAGACGACUCCCCGAUGAACGCGCUGAGCGCCACGGGGCGGAAGGCGACCGUGCGCGAUCGGUGCAAAUGGACAGUGAAGAGCUACAAGGACGGCCUGGAGACGACAUGGGACGUCUUGGAGACGGACGGCCACCUCAACAGCAUGCGGAUCGUGGGAAAGGAGUCCGUCUCCAACGACACCAGCUGCGCACAGCGCACCCAGCGCGCCGGUCCUUCGGAAGGCCGGGCAAAGUCCGGGCACUCGACCUUGUCCUACUCCGAGACGGCGGAGGAGGAACACUCCAUGAUGCGCACCGUCUCCAGCGGCACAGCGCAGCGGUUGUUUGAGGAGUUAGAAGAGGAGAGGCGCUGGGAGAUGAACCUGGAAGGUUUGGAAGAAGGUCUCUGUGAUGAGGUGUCCAUUGGAGAGCUCGAAAUGGACGACGCCGCGCAAGCGCCGGAGGUCUGGGAUGGUGCAUGGCAAGAGGAGUCCUCGUUUUACAGCGCCUACCCCCCCGCCUCGCCCCCCUCGCUGCCCUCGAUGCCACUGCCCCCGGGGGCCGUGCCACGCCGGGCGCCCGGCUGUGUGGAGCGGACGCCGUCGGCGCCCAGUCGGUUGGAGCAGAGUUGCCCUCCAUCGCCCCUCUUUCCUCGCGACCUUCUGGGGGCACCCGGUGGGUUGCCGCGACGCCGGGUGAACAGCCACGACUACAACUUUAGUUUAGCCAGGCAGAUGUCCCUGGAGUCGUCGAUCACCAGCGACAGCGCGGGCGGUGGGCGCAGCAUGACGCAGACGCCGCCAGGGCUCUUCCCCAGCACCCCCGAGUGCGACCCGAGCCCCUCCACCGGUUUCAUGCUGCCGCCGCUGCACAACCUACCGGCCAGCAUCGCAGAGAGCCCACCCGGAGCCUUGAUGACACCACAGGUGGUUUACAUCCCGGUGCUGCUGCCCCACCGUUGCAGCCACUGCGGCCACGACUGCGAUGGCCGCGGCCCGCUGGCGGCGCCGCUGGCGGCGCCGGAGAUGAGUGCGUCCACCUUUCCAAGGCCUGAAGCCUGUGGCGAUUUGGAGCUCAGCGUGGAAGAGCGGGCCUGGAUCUACCUUCGCGCCUCCCAAGCCUCCCUGGUGGAUCGGAAGAAUCUGGCCGGUUUCCUCAGUAGUCCUAAGCCGCAUUGCAAGGAGCUCCUGAAGGCCUACACCAGGCUUUGGGAGUCGGAAUGGCGCAUGGAGUGGAGAAAUACCCUGGAGAUCCCAGAGGAGAGUGCAGCAAGUUCACCUGGCAGCAGACAGUCCUCCAGAAGUGGUUCGCAAGGCCCCACCACCACCACCCCCUCGGACGUCUCGCGGCGCACGCGAUCACAGUCCCGGCGGCGCAUGAGUCGAACGGCCAGUGGCCUCAGAUCUAAGAAAAACAUCAGGGAUUGGAUCCUGGGUCGCCUGGGUGGCGUGUCCUCCACAGCGGACGAUAAGAGCAAUGGCAACCUCUUCGUGUCGGCCAUGCGCUCCUUCUUCGCCAAUGCCAUCCGGAUGGCCAAGUUGGAGGCAGAUCCGGUGCAACGCGUCAUCGAGGCAUUUGCAGAAGCCUUGGUGGCAGAUUCUGCCUUCCUCUCAUGCUUCCAGGCAUCCAUGCUGCCAGAAGCGGAGCGACAGACCUAUCGCACGCCUGAUGAAGUGCUCUUCGGGCUGGCGUACACCACGUUGAUGCUCAACACAGACAUGCACAACAAGCAGGUGGCCCAGAAGAUGUGGGACAACAAGAAGUUUGUUGGCGCUGGAAAGGGCUGUGGUGUGACUGGUGGGUUGAUGGCUCAAAUCUACAAGAACAUCCAGGGCGAAGAGAUUUGA